AUGGAGUCUUGGAGCAGGACUUUCUAUUGUUUCACGGGUCUGCUUGUGUUCGUAACGACUGUCACAUUUCUGCUGAUUCCGCAAAACUAUCAGGAACAGUCGAUUGGCUAUCACACAUCAGGUCACACGACCUUCACAGCACCAAAGCAGAAUGUCUGGGCAGAAUUAUCUGAGGAUGAAGCGAAAGAUGUGUAUGGAUUUGCCUACCAGAAAUUGCCGCAUCUACAGCUGGUGAAACAUCCAAAGAGUGCCUACGAGAACUCUAUAUACACCGUCGAAGCUCUAAAGCCGAACAAGACUGAUGCCAUUCCAUACCUCUAUGAGGAUGCCGUGACUCCCGAGCGAUGGGCCAAAAUGGUCCUCGCGCAGAACAUCGAUGGCGAGCCUUAUCUCGUCUACUAUGCCGUCGGCCCUCUGCCCAUCACAAAGAGCUCACAAAUCUUGCCUCUGGAAUACACUUUCAAUUCGGGACGCAACAGUGUCAGAAGCCCGAUUCGAGACUAUGUCGGCAUCAUUCAGUUCGGGAAUGGGCUGGGCAAGAGCAUCUCAGACAUCACUGAAGAUCUGCUCGGGGCAUCAGUCACGACAGAAGAUGAUCCAAAGGGCCUGCUCUGUCUUCCGAGACCCUCUAGACAGAGCACUGAUGGGCUUGUUAUUUGGUUUCAAUUCUUCAGACCAGGAUGGGGCUCUGGUGGACGGACUCUACUACCACAAGGCGUUUAUGUGAAAGUAGAUGCGUCCAGUCCAAAUCAAACAGACUGGAAAGUUGGUGCAAUCUUCUACAACGGCGUGAUUUAUAAUGAAAUCGAGCAUUUGCGAGCUGCCAUUACACAGCCAAACUUCAAGCGCGCGCCUGCCAAUUUCGAUGGCAAAUGGACAGAAACUGAAGACUUCGACUCAGCUCCUUUAGGACGAGACUUGCCACCACCAGUGAGUGUCCAGCCGUAUGGUUCACGAUAUCGACUGGAUCGAAAAGAGAAGUUUGUGUCUUGGUUCGGAUUCGAGUUCUACAUCACUACAGCUCAGGCGACUGGGAUCUCGUUGUUCGACAUUCGGUUCAAAGGAGACCGUGUGAUCUAUGAGCUGGGUCUGCAAGAGGCCAUGGCUCAUUACGCUGGGGACGAUCCGAUGGCAGGCGGGCAAGAAUUUCUGGACACAUUCUUCGGGAUGGGCAAGAAUAUGUUCGAGCUUUUACCAGGCUAUGAUUGUCCAGCUUAUGCAGACUACCUUGAUACGCAAUACCAUAUGGCUCAUGACGUCCAUGAGCUUCCGAACAGCAUUUGCAUUUUCGAGUUCACAGCCGAUUCUUUACUUUCGAGACAUACUGCACAGUACUCUGUCACUGCCUCCAGGAACACGUAUUUGGUCGUGCGGAGCACCUCUACGGUUGGCAACUACGACUAUGCCAUUGACUACAUCUUCUACAUGGACGGCACAGUCGAAGUCAAGGUCCGAGCUAGUGGAUUCAUCUUCGCUGCGUUCUAUCGUGCGAAUAAGACGAAUGUGGACUCCGAAGACGAAUACGGUCACCGCAUUCACGAUGCCCUCUCAUCAAGUGUUCACGACCAUGUCAUCAACUUUAAGGCAGAUUUGGAUGUCGCUGGUCCUGCCAAUGACAUGGUUCGUCUCGCUCUCGAGCCGAUCACAAAGUCAUACAGCUGGGAUUUACCAGAGGUCAAGACACGCAACACGAUGCAUCUGGUCGAAUAUGUCGUUGACGAAGAAGUUGGUCUCGACUGGCCAAAGAAUGCUGGAGAGUUUUACCUCGUCUACAACAGUGAAGAGAAGAAUGCCUGGGGCGAGCGAAAGGGUUACCGCAUCACAUCUGGCACUGGAAUGGGAACGACGCCGCAUCUGACCAUUCUGAACUCUACUCAGCUUGGCGAUAGCGCAAGAUGGGCCGAGCACGACGUUUGGGUGCUCAGGCAGAAGGACACAGAGCCAAGAUCAGCCGAUCCUCUGAACUACCUCGAGCCCAUCGAGCCCAUUAUCAACUUCAACAAAAUGGCCGACCAUGAGAGUCUCAAACGUGGCGACGACUACAGUGGCGAUCUUGUCCUGUACUUCAACCUUGGAGCCCACCACAUUCCUCACAGUGGAGACGUGCCAAACACUUUGAUGCACACCAGCGCAAGCAGCGUCAUGUUCGUACCACACAAUUUCCACGAUCGUGAUCCGAGUCGCGAGAGUGUUCAAGGCGUUAGAUUGCAGCUCAAGGGUGAGAAUAGCGGUGGGUUUGCUGGUCAGCUGGUAGUCGAGCCGCACACAGAUCUUCGCGCUCGCAUGGAUCUCCGAUCGACGAAGAAAGAGCCGCAUGCCAAGUACUUUGGAAGGACGUACGAGCGAGAGAUGAAAGUACCUCUAGAAGCCUUUGAGCCUGAGCUGAAGAACUACAAGACCACUGCCCAUCAAGUCACUCAUUUGACGUUCAACAAUAGCGCUGCUGGUGUUUGGGUCGAGGGAUAG